AAGACGACACUCAAAAGAUGUUUGUUUAAAAAUUCAGCAACAUUAAGAUAGUCUUUAUGCUUUAUUUAAUAGUAAUGUCACCAUAAAUCAGCUUAAAAGAAAAGAACGAGCCUGUUUAGAAACAGAUGUUUGUUUACAGGGUCCACAUCUAAACAAGUAGAAAGAUGGAAAUAGCUCUGGUGUUGUUGAUUUUAUGUACCUGCAAUGUUUACCUCUCAGUCGCUGGCUUCCGUCCUCAACAAAACGACAUGAAGACGAUGCCAUGCAACGGUCAAAGAACAGGUGACCUGAGCCGCCAUCCAAGAUUUGAGCCUAUCAUACACGGAUGGGAAAAAGAAUGUGAAGCUUCUAAUUGCCGCUACACUGGAAGAAUUACUGGAAGUAUCAAAGCUUUUGGGUUUGAACGUCCGCAGCCCCAGUCCUGUGUUUUCUACAUGGUUCGCUUUAAAAUCAGUAAUAAUUUAUGGCCACCGCUUUGUAUUUUCUACACCUACCCCUGUGACACGUGCAACAAUCGUCGAACAAACUGCAACUGCACAGGAGGCAACGAUUAUGACACCAUCACCGUCAACUUCACCCCCACGAAGGCGUCGGUGUAUAAGCUGGCCGUGUACGGGGGUCUUCACACCAGGGGUCUGUAUGUCGAUGUCGACCCGGAUAUGGAGGAUCGAUACUACCAGUGUAGUAAUGAAUUCGACUCCAGAAUCAAGCCAGCCAACUUUCAAUCCAUGUUCUCAACAAAUGGAUGCAGUCUAGCACACGCAGGAACUAACAUCGUUGGCAUAGCCGCUGUGUUGGCUGUCCUUUCAAUCAAGAUCAACUUCAAUGAUUAAGGAAUCAAAUAACAAUUGAUAAAGUAAUAGGAUUGGUCUGAAUAUAGUAUAAAAAUGUACAGUAAAACAUCAAGACCACUUUCAUGCUUGAUGAAAUUUAUUUCAUACCUGAUGAUUCGAGUUAAAAUGUAUUGGAAUGUUUUAGGUACUUGAAAUGUUUUAAAUAAUUUGGAAUCCUUUACAAAAUCAUAAAAUAUUGCUGCGUUUUGUCCAAGAAAGUUUCAACAUCGAAGUUCAAAUUUAUUUAAACUAUUAAUAUUUAGGUCUAGUUAUGGGUAUUUAAGUAAUUUUACUUUGAUUAAAAUAUCUUCUUUAACAUAAUAAAUCAUAUGUUUUGAAAACAAAAGAUGAAGCUUAAAAAAAUUAACAAAA